AUGGAUGCUCGACCACCAAGGCUUCAAUCGCCAAUGCGAGAUGCCGACAGCAUCCAUCUACCUCUGCAUCUCCGUCAAGACAUUGACAAGGCCCUAUCCUCAGCUCAACAAGAUGCUACCAGUUAUCGCAAGAAGUUUCCCGAGAGCCUUCAUUUUGCAUCCAGCAACUUUCGCAUGAGGUCGCGAACAGCCUCCACCAGAAGCAGCAUCUCAUCAGCGCACAUUCCUGACUCGGCGACAGCCUACUCCCCGUCAACUCUCGCCAGUCCCUUGAGCUCCAGCUAUGCGAGUGACAUUCAAGAGCGUUUUGCUUGUCACACACUAGAAGGAUCAAGACCGCCCAGCAGGAUACGCCAUCGCCACCGCCCGUCUAUCGCAACCUGUUCUACCUUUAUCAAUGACGAUGAUGAGAGUCCCGUCUACGUUGGCUAUCACGACGUAGCAGAAAAGAUUAAAGAGGUCGACAGUGACUAUUCUGAUCCUAUUGAGACGCAUCAAGUUGAUGUUGAUGAGCCAGAAACAGAUGCAACACCAAUCAAAGUGGAAGAUGAUGCCCUGACGCCUGGAAAAGACAGUGACUGGGAACAGAACCAGACUCCUUGCGCAUCUCCCACCCAGAAGUCUGAAAUCUCCUUUACUACCUUUGGUGACACCGUCUCAUCGGACGAUGCUGAUGGAAUCCUUGACUACACCCUUCAACUCGUCUACGGCAUUGAACUUAGUGAAGCACAGGCUCCAACAGGAGCAUUGCACCAAGUCGUUUCAAAAUUCGUGCGCGAGUUGGGUCAGCACAUCUGGCAAGCUCCCCUGGAUGGACAAACCUCCCAAACCAUGUCUGGCUCAAGUUCUUCCGCCUCCCCAUCUGGGGCAGGCGGAGAUGGGUCACAGGGCUUUGGGAAGCGCAAGAAGCAGGCAAACGGAGACGAGGGCGGCGAGGAUCUUACCGAUGGCGAAGGAUCCGGCUAUAUCCCGUCCAAACGAAUCAAACCAAGUCCAAAGGAAGACGAAAACCUGCGCCUUAGCUGUCCGUAUAGGAAACGGAAUCCGCAUCGCUUCAAUGUGCGCGACCAUCAUAGCUGCGCAAUGACGUAUUUUCCCAAGUUUGCAGAGUUAAGACAACACAUUGUCAAGCAGCACAAGCGAGAUGAUCCCUCUGCAUUUGUGUGCGACCGCUGCACACGAGACUUCCGAACCAGAAAAGAGCUCAGGGACCAUCAGCGGCAACCGAAGGAGCACAUGUGCGACAUUUCGGACCACGACCCCGAGGCUGGGAUUGACGGACCUACGUCGAACAAGCUCCUCAGUCGCAAGAGAGUCAGUGGUGCAUCUUCCGAAGUGCAAUGGAAGGAAAUCUGGAACAUUCUAUUCCCAGACGACGACGAUAACCUAGUCCGGCCAUAUCACUAUACUCCUGUAAUUGAACACUUUGAGCUGUCUGCACACUAUCUGGAAGCCUUCAACUACCUGCAAUCCUCCCUGCGAGACAAAAUCUCCAACCCCGCAACUCUAGAGACAUUGGCAACCAAAUUCCACCACUGCUUCAUCGAAACAGUCGAAAGAUGCGUCCUAACCUCUCAGAGCAUGCCCUACACCAACCGCAGCAACAAGCGCAACGAGCCAGCAAGAAUACAAAGUACACAAAGCCUAAUUAGCAGAAAAACAAGAGGAACAGCUUCAAGGCCAGACUCGGGCGUCGUCAUUGAUGACACCUCGGAAGAGAGUGGCAGUAUCAUUGGAUCAUCGUCGCUAUGUCACAGAGAUAGCGUCAGGACAGUUACAAGCUAUGCAGGCCGACGAGGCAGCAACAUAGCUCCCAAGGGUAAUGCCGACGUGUUCCCAACGCCUAUUACUUCAACUGGCUUGAACCAGAGUCCGGCGGAACCCUUGCCAGCGUUCACCUUUGGCGCAAACAUGAACAACCUGACGGCGGCUACAACCGUAGAAGAAUGGGCCAAUAGCUUGUCGUUCAACCAGCAUGACGGCACGUUUGGAAUGGGAAACCAGUGGAUUAGUGAUACAAACAUGACGCCACAGGCGGAAUUCGGGUUGGAUGAGUCAUUGCUUUAUGAGGCGAAUUUCUGUACGAUGGAUGACACUUUUACGAAUCUUCAUGGGACAAAAACUGAUGGGGCUAUAUAA